UUUAUAUUCAAAAUGUCAACCAAUACCUGUCAAACAUACUAACAAUCACAUAACAUGUCUUUUUGAGCAAUAAUCAAUUGUGAUGCAAUAAAUUCUAGUCACCCAGUUAUUAAAUAACCGUACACAUACCAAACGAUAAACGUGAAAAUAAAAUAAAAUGAAGGAACUCUAUUUAUAAUUGUUCAGAUUGUGAAACUAACCUAAGACGAAAUGGCUGAGGAACAAGAAUUGCCCCAAAAUAUGCAACCUUCCAAUUUACAAGACCGCCAGAUAAGUUUACCCUUGGAGCAACCGGUUAAUCAAAGCAAAUCAUUUUAUAAUUGGCAGGCUACUAAAACUACUCUUAAAGAAAGAUUUACCUAUCUAUUCAACAACGAGGUACUAAGUGACGUUCAUUUUAUUGUUGGUCGAGAAGAAGCCCAACAAAGAAUUCCAGCCCACAAAUUUGUAUUAUCAGCCGGCAGUGCAGUCUUCGAUGCCAUGUUCAAUGGCACACUAUCUAAUCAUUCAGGCGAAGAAUAUCUUCCAGAUGUAGAACCAGUUGCAUUUUUAUCUUUAUUACGAUUUUUGUAUUCUGAUGAAGUAAGUUUAUGCCCUGAUUCUGUCAUGCAAACUCUCUACACUGCCAAGAAAUAUGCUGUACCUGCAUUGGAAAUCCAUUGUGUUGAUUUUUUAAAAAGCAAUUUGAGAAGUGAUAAUGCUUUCAUGCUUCUCACACAAGCAAGAUUAUUUGAUGAACCCCAAUUAGCAAGUAUGUGCCUCGAAAUGAUCGACAGACACACCACAGAUGCAAUGAACGCUGAAGGUUUUAUGGAAAUAGAUUUGCGAACAUUGAUUUGUGUUUUGGAACGAGAUGCAUUGAGGAUCACUGAAUUGAAGAUCUUUGAAUCAGUGGUUCGUUGGUCAGAAGCUGAGUGUGUUAGACAUGAAUUGCCUGUUACACCCGAAAACAUGAGAGCUGUACUUGGUGAAGCUUUUUCUCUCAUAAGAUUUCCACUGAUGUCUUUGGAAGAAUUUGCUGCUGGUCCAGCUCAAUCUAAAUUAUUAACUGAUCGAGAGGUGGUGAAGUUAUUUUUGCAUUUUACGCUCAAUCCUAAACCAACUGCAGGUUUUCCAAUAUCUCCAAGAUGCUGUUUAACAGGCCAAGAACAGACUGUGAAUAGGUUUCAACAAAUUGAAGGUCGCUGGGGCUAUAGUGGCACUUGUGAUAGGAUAAGAUUUUCAACAGAUUUUCGCAUUUAUGUAGUUGGAUUAGGUUUAUAUGGAUCUGUUUACUGGCCUGCAUAUUAUGAUGUUGAUGUCAAUAUAAUACAAGCUUCUACUGGAAGUGUGGUUGCUACUAAUCAAACUACUUUUAGCUGUGAUAAAAAUAGUAACACUCACAGAGUGAUGUUCAAAGAACCAGCUGAGAUAAUACCUAACGAGUGGUAUAUAGCCAGUGCUAUGAUGAAGGGACCUGAUUCUAAAUAUGGUACAAAAGGUUUGCGUAAAGUAGUUGUUGACUUACCAGAAGGAUGUUUCCGAGAAGAUAACAGUUCAGGAGAUCAUAAACUUAUGCCUUUGAGCAAAGUAACUUUUAGUUUUGCCUAUGUGGCUGGACAAAAUAAUGGAACUUCUGUUGAAGAUGGCCAAAUACCUGAAAUAAUAUUUUACACAUGAAGAAUUAACAUAUAUUAUAUUAUGGCCAUUCCUUAAAUUACAAAAGAUGGAUAUAAUCAAUAUAAUCUUGCAA